UCCUCCGUCUCUCAUCCUUAAUGACUUUUAUUUUGCCUUUUUUUUUAAUAAAUUCGCUUCUUGGUCAUUGUUGCUAAAGUAAUACCUUAUGAAUAAAAAAAAAAAUAUUACCCGCCCACAAAAAUACACAGAAAUAAUUUAUUAAGAAAAAAAUUUUGCCGCGAUAAAGACGACCACAGGUAAAAACGCAGAAACAGAAGAACUCAUCCUGAUUGAUUCUCUCUCUCUCUCUCUCUCUCUUCUUUUUUUUUUCUCUUUUUUGGUGGGUGUUCCCUCUACUCUCUACUCAACUCUACUCUACUCUGUACUUUCUCUGUUGCUAAUUGGCCCCGAAAAUCGAGCUUCACGAAAGGAGGAGGCGAGGAAAGGGUUGGUAGGUGGCUCUCCCUCGUCCGCUGCAGCAAUCUUCAAUUUCUCCCCGUUUCUCUCUUUCUCUAUUUUUCUCUGUCCUGAAAAGUUUUGAGAGGGCUUCGGCAAUUAGAUUCCCCAACAAGUCGAGCGGAGCGGAGGAGACUCCUACUCCUACUUGUUAGGGCACACGGCACUCAUCUCGCGGACGCCCCCUCUUCUUCAUCUUCUUCGCUUCCCCCCCCUCUUCUUCAUCUUCUUCGCUUCCUCUUCCUCUUCCUCCUCUAAACCCCUCUCUCUCUCUCUCUCUCUCUCUCUCUCUCUCUCUCCUUUUGAUUCCCAUCCCAGGUGGGGUUCGUGCAUUAACGAUCCUUCCCGAACUCUCCUGUUGCGGGCUCCUCGGCGGAGGCGGCGGUGGAUAAGUGGGGAGGCGGCUCGAUGCUCUUCUGUAGGCCCUUCUCUGCUUGGAUCCGACAUCUUCUCGCAUGCAUGGGAGCAGAGGUUGUCUUGGAUGCUGUUCAAAGCCUACUCCAGUAAUUGCAGUUGAUGAACCUUCAAAGGGCCUAAGAAUCCAAGGUCAAACUGUAAAAAAGGCCAGUGUUUCUGAGGAUUUUUGGAGUACAAGCACGUAUGAGAUGGAGAACAGUGCAGUUCAAUCUCAAAGGAGCAUCUCUUCGAUCAGCAUAUCAGCUCAAAUAGCUGAUCAUCAUGGAGCUGGAAGCAGCAGUAACCCUCCUGAAUAUGUGAAUCAUGUAUUAGGCCUUAUUCUUUGGAAUCAGACUAGACAGCAGUGGCUUGGAAACAAAAGGUCUGAUGCCCGGUUGCAACAAGUUCGAGAACCAAAGUUAAGCUGGAAUGCGACGUAUGAGAGUCUGCUGGGGACCAACAAGCCAUUUCCGCUGUCCAUUCCUCUAUCUGAGAUGGUAGAUUUUCUCGUGGACAUCUGGGAGCAGGAGGGGUUGUAUGAUUAGAAGAAAGAGAAAAUAGAUUGCUUUAAGCUAAAUGAACUGCCAAGGAGGAUGGGGAUCUUCCAGGAGUCUUAGAUAUUUGAUUAUCCUAGAGAAGGGCAAUCCUUCUGGAAGCAAAUGUAAUAUACCUUUGCACUCUCUGUGGUUUUUAUAUACAUACUGCAGUUAGCCAUAAUAAAUCUUCACGUUGUUUCGGCUUGUGAAAUGUGAUUGCAUGUGGUGUGGGCUCAGAUGUUUGCAAUAUGAUAUAUAUUGCUUUUGAUUUGCUGUGGGCAAGCAA